CCGAGGCUGGAAAAGGGGGCGGGGCUCCGUCUGUUGUCAUUGGCGUUCCAGCCAAACAAACAUGGCGGCACCCAUGGAGCUGCUGUGCUGGGGAGGCGACUGGGACUUGCCGUCUGUACACACGGAAUCUUUAAUUGUGCUGGCAUAUGCUAAAUUUGCUGGUGCCAAACUUACAGUCAAGCUAGUGGACUGGACAUGGAGGACUGUCACAGCCACCAUUCCACAACUGCACUAUGAGGGAUCUACAGUAACAGAACCUACACAGAUUCUCAACUUUCUCAGGCAAAAUCGAUUCAACGCAGAUUAUGAGCUGUCUGCUAAGCAGGGAGCUGACACCAUGGCCUACAUUGCUCUCCUGGAGGAGAAACUGCAGCCGGCUUUGCUCCAUACAUUCUGGGUGGACGCGGAGAACUACGCCAACCUGACGAGGCCUUGGUUUGCUUCCCACUCUCCAUUCCCUCUCAACUUCUUUGUGCCAGGCCGCCAGGCUAGUGUAGCUCUGUCCAGGAUCCUCCUGACCAAAGCGGAAGCUCCACUGCACUCAGUCGCAGAGGUGGAAGGAAAGAUCUACAGCGAAGCCAAGGAGUGUCUGAAUUUGCUCUCUCACAGAUUGGGGUCCUCACACUUCUUCUUUGGAAACACGCCUACAAGUCUGGAUGCCUUUGUUUUUGGCUACCUUGCGCCCCUCCAUAAAGCCAGUCUGCCCAGUGCUCAGCUCCAGCAGCACCUAAAACAGCUUCACAAUCUCUGCCAGUUCUGCACUAACAUCCUCAAAAACUACUUUUCUGAAGCUGCCUCUGGCUCUCCUCCCACUAGCCAGGACGCAGUCGAUGCAAACCUCCAGAAACUGACGCAGCUUGUUAACAAAGAGUCCAACCUUAUUGAAAAGAUGGAUGAUAAUCUGCGCAGUAGCCCUCAACACAGGCCCAGCCGACCCCAUAAACCUGAAGCCAAACCUUCAUCUCUGGCCACUGACAGGAACUUGACCCCUGCCUGAAAAUCUCACCCACACCACACAGUGGUAUCUUUCUUUACCUAUUUAUUUAUGCUCAUAUUAUCCAAGUGGCACUAAAAUGGGCAUGACUACAGCAGGAGUCAUAAGUUACAGUAUAUUUAUACUCAUUGGUUCAGCAUGAGGUUGAACAAAUGUGGCUUUGGUCAUUACUGAAAGCUUUCUGUCAGCAUACUCAGUUUUUCAUUAAUCUCAUACUGAUUUAUAUUAUGUUCAUAAUCUAUAAGAUUGUAUCUAUACAUCAACCAAUAACAAAAAACGUGGUGGUUAGCAAAAUACUAAUCACAGUAAUUAAAUAUUCAUAGUCUGUUGCCAUCCUUAACAGCCUUUGCCAUAGUGAAAUUAUAUUUUGUAAUAUUCACUGUGUACACAUACUGUGUAUCUGAUACUAUCGUUCCAUCAGCAGUGUGUAAAAAUAUAGAUUCUUUUAGAGCUAUUAGUUUGAGCUGAACUGAAUCAUGAUUCAUUUUGUUGAAUUGUUUUUCAGUUUUUCAUUAUGGCUGUCGUUAUAUAUUAAGGUUUGGCUUAAACAUGUUGCACUACAUCCUAGCAGUUAAUCAACGUAUCAGUGUGUCACAGUCGGAAAUCAUCAGCCAACACCAAGCUAAAUAUUAGAACACUCAUCAUAGCUUCUCCAUUCAAGUUAAUAUUAUCAUUUAGCUUAGUCUCUUGAAAAAACCUACAUAAACAGAAACUACAACAUAUGCAUCAUUCUGGGUUUUUUUUUUUUUUUUCAUGACACAGUGCUUCUUUUUUUUUAAACUCCUGCCAUUUAAAGCUAAUGGAUCUCUGUUGAAUUUUUCCGUAUGCGUGCCUUUCCUUCUGUAUCCAAGUGUAAUUUCCUGACCAUGAACAUGGUUAACUUUAAAUGAAAAUAUUUUCACAUUGCAAGCAUGCCAGAAGUGCUCAGGAGAUGCACUACACAGAUUAUUGUAUCGAUAAUUAGUUGCACUUUAAAAAUAAAAUUAAAACCAUUAAUUCACCUCACCACAUAUAUGCAACUGGGUCCAGUUUUUCCUUUUCAUAAUGUAUGUUAUCACUCUGUAUGCCUUGUUAAAGUGUUCAUACUGUACAUGUCUGGUAAUUCAGUGCUGAAUUUUGUUUUAUGAAAUAGUAUAUCUUGAAUUCCGUUAGUUAUGAUGUAUUUUAAAGGAUCUCAUCUUCAUCAGUUAUCAAAGGACUUUAAAAAUGUCAAAGAUUUAGACACAAAUGUAAUAAAAGCGAGUUUAUAAUA